GCGGCGGAGGAGGAGCUGGAGGCGCCCUCGAGUGCGGAGUCUUCUCCGAACGUGCAGUCUGAUUCUGAUAGCCGCGCCUUGUCAGGAGCGUCCCAGGGGUGUCUGAAUCGUCCCGUCACGCUCAAUGAGGUAUCGAAGGAGUCGCGCCAGAGGACUCGAGGGAGAGAUCGUGACAAGGUCAAGGGGACAUCGACGUGCUCUCAGGCCACCAUUGCCGAUGUCAAAGCGUGGAUUGACGUUGUUGCCCGCAUCAACGAGUUGAAUGCGAUCCAGUAUUUAAAGAACGGAAUGGAUAUGUUUGAUAAGCUGGUGACAGAACGUGGGUUCCCUACAAAGAAGGCCCAAACAAAUUAUGCUCGGAAACUGUAUGAGAUGCUCCAGAAUGUGCAAGCGACGCUGGAGGAUCUUCUAGGAUUCUUCGAGGUGCACAGGUUCUUGACAGGACAAAUGAACCGCGCCGAGAUGGCCAAGUUUCUUGAGGUUUCCAAGUGCAGCGACUACCGAAUAAUAUUCUUCGGACGCCCGAGGAGUUUCGACAAGUUGGGAUGAAGCUAUUCGUGCGCACUUGUAUGCAACUUUCGGUUUAGAACAGCGAAGGCUGUAAUGCUUGUAUCUCAUCUGUUCUUGUUUUCCUCACUUUAUUUCUCUGUUUGACCUCUCGCUGGAGCCAUGAUGGCUCUACGGCCCGCUGUGGGCCCCACUAAGCGCUUCAGGUGUGUAAAGGGCAGGAGCCCCUCAUAUUCUUCAGGUGACGUUCUUCCACGGGUUGUUUCCCCGUCUAAUUCGUUGAUUACUUCGUGUGACGUUGAGCAUGCGCCUCUUGUCAUACGGCGGGUUGAACAUGCGUAUUUCGGACUGGUUUGAUGUGAAUAAGAGUUUGUGCUCACUCACGCCUUGCCUGUUUGGAUACGUCCGCUCCUUGCUCCGACUAGGCUGGAAAGCCUGCACAGUCGACCGCAAAGUCCGCAAAAAAGAAAGGUUGAC